AUGAAACGGUUGUCAGCUUCCCAGGAGAAGCGCAUACAGCAAUUACUUUGCCACGAAGAAUUAGGUGACCGCAAACCGUCGCAAUUCUUACGGCACUUGCAAAGCCUGGCUGGGCCAUCAGGCGCUACAGAUUUCGUCAAAAGUAUUUGGACUAAUCGGUUACCCCAAAACAUUCAGACAGUCAUUGCCUCACAAAUAACUGAGUUACAGGUGGAACAAUUAGCUAACAUUGCAGACAGGGUGUACGAGAUAGCUCCGACGACACCGCAGGUUGCCAGUACCUCCACACGCGCCAGCGACACUGAUCUGGCAAGAACAGUCACCGAGUUGACAAAACAGGUAGCGGCACUCACCCUGCAGAUGAACAGAAGAGGAAGAGACCACUCGCGCUCACGUUCCCGCUAUCACAGAAGCGCUCACAGAAGGUAUGACCGUUCUAAUAGUAGACUACGGCAGCCACCUCCAAACCACCCACACUGUUUCUAUCACUAUACCUACGGUGACAAGGCUAAGAACUGCAAGGAACCCUGUACGUAUAAAUCGGAAAACAGCAAGGGCGGUCGCAAGUAG